GCCGCACGCCAUGUCGUUCUCCAGGAUUAUCGAGGAAGUCCGCGAGCACCCCGUGCUGUGGAGCCGCCGCGACGCCCGCAGCAACCGCCAUCGACAGACGCACAUAUGGAGGGUAGUAGCCGCCAAACUACGCAUGGACGAAAAGCUGCUGCGAAAGCGAUGGAAACACCUCAAAGACCAGUACCGGAAGGAGCUCAAGAAGGCCGCGGAAACGAACCAGCCGUCCCCGUGGAGGUACUUCGAGGAACUGGAGUUCAUCAGCCAGGAGAUCCGCUUCAAGGAGCACGCGCCGGCCGAGGAGCCCUACCCCGAGGAGCUGCCGGAGAGCGCCACUUCCACUGUUGAGGACUCCACCGUGGGGGGUAACAAUAUCUCUGUGUUGUCCAGUAAGAUAAGCCGCCUGAGCGACUUCAUGCAGCGUCACGUGAAGGCUCUCCAGCGGGACCCGGACGAGCUGUACCUACUGAGUCUGGUGCCCAUGCUGCAGCGCCUCACCUGCGUACAGAAGCUGCAGUUCAGAGGGAAGGUGAACGAGUGGCUGCUGGACGCCAUCACUCAGAGCGAGGCCGACUGUGCCGAGGUGCACACUCAGCUGUUUGUGCAGACCGAGAUGAACACCAGUGGCGAUGGCGAUAACUUGUGUUUGAAGUUGGAAGGCGAAUCUGUUGAUACGAUCUCGGAGUAGUGUUUAGUGUAGUUUAAGUAAUAGGUAUGAUGUAGCUGUGUUAUUUAGUAUUCGAUA